AUGCUAUUGAGAUUUCGGUCAAAGUUAGGAAUUCAUCGUGUUUCGUGCGAAGCAAACGAUAGUUUUGGCAACGUUGUUGAGAAAUGGGCAAAACAAUUGUCAGUGCAGGUGGACUUGAACACUGUGAGUGUCAGUACACAACCAGGGGUUUCAAAGUUAGCAAGUGAGAUUGCGCAUCAGAGUGUAGCAUCUUUAGGAUUGAAGCAUGGUGAUAUGCUCACUACUGUAUUUGAAAGUACAGAAAGCCAUCAAGAAGGCACAAGUGCUAACACUGGCUCUAAAGGAAAUGGUGGAAGUGUGUCAAUCAACAAUAGAAAUAACAUUAAGCCUCAAAUUAAAGAAUCUGAACUCGAUAAGGAGCUAGAGGGGGAAACUGGACUUAUUCAGCGCCCAAGAUCUACCUUCUGCAGACAUGGUGACAAAGGUAUGUGUGAGUAUUGUUCGCCAUUGCCGCCAUGGGAUAAGGGAUAUCACGAGGAGCAUAACAUCAAACACAUAUCAUUUCAUGCAUAUUUAAAGCAGCUAAACGAGGUAACCAAUAAGAAAUCAUCUGGAUCGUCAUACAUCCCGCCCCUAAGUCCACCUAAUUAUAGAAUAAAUUUGAAAUGUACAGGUGGCCACGAGCCAUGGCCAAAGGGUAUUUGUUCGAAAUGUCAACCCUCCGCCAUCACUUUACAACAACAGACCUUUAGAAUGGUGGAUCACGUUGAAUUUCAACAAAGUGAACUGAUCAAUCAGUUUAUUGAUUCUUGGAGAACCACCGGUAUGCAAAGGUUCGGUUACUUAUACGGUUCAUAUAGAAGGUAUGACAAUGUUCCGUUGGGUAUCAAGGCUGUUGUAGAAGCAAUCUGGGAGCCUUCUCAACACGAUGAACAAGAUGGUAUCAGCAUGGAUAUGGAUCAAGUGAUGAGGGAGGUGGAGGAAACAGACAAAUUAGCGCAAGAAAUGGGGUUAGAAAGAAUCGGGAUGAUUUUUACUGAUCUUACGGAUGCUGGCCUAGGCGAUGGGUCUGUUUUCUGCAAGAGACACAAGGACUCAUUUUUUUUAUCUUCGCUUGAGGUUAUUAUGGCUGCGAAACAUCAAUUGAGACAUCCAAAUUUGUCCAAGUUUAGUGAGACAGGAUCAUUCUCAUCAAGAUUUGUUACCUGCGUGGUAUCAGGAAACUUGAAGCAAGAAAUUGACAUAGCCACUUAUCAGGUUAGUUUAGAUGCAGAAGCAUUAGUUGAUGCAGACCUCAUAUCAGGUUCCACUCACCCAUCACAGGCAUAUAUCAACGAAACAAACGACAAAAGAUAUGUACCUGAGAUAUUCUACACACGUAAGAACGAAUACAAUUUGACGGUGAAGGAAAAUGCAAAACCCGCAUUCCCCGUAGACUAUCUCUUAGUAUCAUUGACUCAUGGUUUCCCUGUGACAACUGAUGCUGAUUCAGAAACCGAGGGCACUACAAAUCAUGUAACAGCAACUAGCCCACCUCUCUUCAAAACUGUUGCUGGAUUUCCAUGGUCUAAUCGACAAGCAAUGGGCCACUCACAAGAUUACACAGAACUCAAGCGCUACAUCUACAAAGCAGCUACUGACAACGACCUUACACAUUUACAUCAAAAACUUUCGAACUUCCAUCUCUUGCUUUACAUACAUUCACUUCAAGUGUUAGCCCAGCAUGAAUGGUCUUUGCUUUUACAGGCCGCAACAGCACCAACUAUUGAGGAAGCAACAGAAGCACUACUCACCCUUUCGCAUUCUCCGGGAUGGCAAACACUUGUCAUGAUCCUUCAACAAUCUAUGUAG